UAAAAACGCCUUUAUUGGCGAGUAUGUGAAACACUUUGCCAAGUGCAGCGCGCAAACACCAUAAGCUCGUGCUGCUAACCUCAAUAGUAGCGCGCACUCGUUCCGUUCUGCCAGGCUUACAUGACAACACUUAUAUCGGCUGGCGUGCCAUCUGUCGAGAAACGGGACACAUAUCUCAGGUUUUCUGAACUAGAGCUCCCAAAUGAAGGGAUGCAGCGCGGUGAAUGGGAGAGAAUAAUACGGGAGUAACUCAGGGAUGUUUUGCCAGGACUGAAGGUUUGAUGCCCAUCCACAGGCUCGUGUUUUGAUUAGUUUGGAGGCGAUCGCUCCUGCGUGAAUCAUUUACCGCAAAGUUAACCGGCUGGACUAUCGACGAGCAAUAUGCGGUUGUUGGUUGGUUUUGUUUUGUCAACUUUUUGGCUUUGGGAAGCGUCGCUUUCUCGCGUGUACACAAAUCACUGGGCUGUUCGGAUCCCUGAAGGACCAGUGGAAGCUGAGAAACUCGCUUCCAAAUAUGGCUUUACUAAUUUGGGUCAGAUUGGAGGACUGGAGCACCAUUACCAUUUCCAUCACAGCAGGGUGGUCCGCAGAUCCACCUUUGCCACCAGAGGUGCUCACAGCUUCAUUCACAUGGACCCGAAGGUUGACUGGGCGCAGCAGCAGGUGGUGAAGACGCGAGUCAAACGUCAUGCCAGGAGCGACCCGAGUUACAUCCACUUCAACGAUCCCAAAUGGUCCAACAUGUGGUACAUUCACUGUAGUGAUAAAAACAGCCGCUGCCGUUCAGAAAUGAAUAUCCUUGCGGCCUGGCAGAGAGGCUACACUGGUCGAAAUGUGGUCGUCACCAUCUUGGAUGACGGUAUUGAGAGGAACCAUCCGGAUCUGGCACAGAAUUAUGACCAGCUGGCGAGCUACGAUGUGAAUGGAAAUGACUACGACCCGACCCCACGAUACGACUCCAGCAACGAGAACAAACACGGGACACGAUGUGCAGGUGAAGUUGCUGCUGUAGCCAACAACUCCCACUGCAUUGUGGGCAUAGCCUACAACGCCCGCAUAGGAGGUGUCCGAAUGCUUGAUGGAGAUGUGACUGAUGUGGUGGAGGCCAAGUCUCUGGGAAUAAGGCCAGACUACAUCGACAUUUACAGUGCCAGUUGGGGCCCCGACGAUGACGGGAAGACCGUGGAUGGGCCGGGGCCUCUGGCCAAACAAGCCUUUGAACUGGGAAUUAAAAAGUGCUCUGUAUUUAUGUGUUUCUGGUACCAGGUGACCACAGACCUGCGGCAGAGAUGUACUGAUGGACACACAGGCACCUCUGUAUCUGCACCCAUGGUGGCGGGUGUCAUUGCUCUCGCUCUGGAGGCAAAUCCUCUGAUAACCUGGAGAGAUGUCCAGCAUCUUCUCGUGAAGACGUCCAGACAGGCUCACCUGAAAGCCAGUGACUGGAAAACCAAUGCAGCCGGACACAAAGUCAGUCAUCUGUAUGGCUUUGGUUUGGUGGAUGCCGAGGCCAUGGUGGUGGAAGCCAAGAAGUGGAGAAACGUUCCUCCUCAGCACACCUGCAGCAAGACCUCUGACCGCAGAACCCGGUACAUUCGAGCAGAUCAGAAGCUGAACGCCAGCAUCUCGAGCAGCUGCUGCAGCGAUCAGCCGGAUCAGCAGGUGGUCUUUCUGGAGCAUGUGGUGGUGCGCAUCCUCAUCGUCCACCCGCGCAGAGGAGACCUGGAGAUCAGCCUUGUAUCCCCCUCAGGGACGCGAUCGCAGCUGCUGGCUCAGAGAUUGUUUGAUAACUCCAAUGAGGGCUUCAGGAACUGGGAGUUCAUGACGGUUCAUUGCUGGGGGGAGAGAGCGGAGGGAAUGUGGACACUGGAGAUUUCAGACUCGCCAUCUCAGCUGCGUAACCCUGAGGUGUUGGGUAAGCUGAAGGAGUGGACACUAAUCCUUCACGGCACGGCUGAGCACCCCUACCAAUCCCAGGGUUCCCAGCACUCGCGCUCCAGGAUGCUGGAGAUUCCCACAGCAGGCAGGGAGCUGAAAAACCCAGAUUCUGUGCCAGGAGCCCCUGAGCAUGAAGAGGAGGAAGAGGAGGAAUAUAACGGUCCGUGUCAUCCUGAAUGUGGAGAUCAGGGCUGCGACGGAGCAGACGCCGAUCACUGCCUCAACUGCAUUCACUUCAGCCUGGGCAGCCUCAAGACCGGCAGGACGUGUGUAAGUCACUGUCCGCUGGGUUAUUUUGAGGACGGAGAGGCCCGCAGAUGUCGCCGCUGUCACCGAGGCUGUGAGAAGUGUGUGGCUCGUGGGCCGAACGAGUGCCGCUCCUGCCGGAGAGGGCUUUACUUCUACUCGAAGGAGAGCACCUGUGUGGAGACCUGUCCCGCCGGCUGCUUCCAUGACGACGGCCAGAGACGUUGUCUGAAGUGUCACGAGAACUGUUUGAAAUGCUUGCGGGAUGCAGACAGAUGCACGGCCUGUAAAGAUGGCUUCAGUCUGGCAGGAAUGACCUGCGUUCCAGAAUGUGCCAAUGGAACGUUUUUUAACCUGGAAGAAAUGAAGUGCAGCCCUUGCCACAUCUCCUGCUCCACAUGCACAGGUCCAGGACUGGAGGAGUGCAUUCAGUGUGCGCCGGACUACUUACAGCAGGAGUGGCGGUGCGUCCGAACCUGUACUCCCGGAUACUACAGAGGAGAGGCGGCAGGAUUCACACAGAGGAUGUGCCGAAAGUGUGAGGAGCACUGUUUGAGCUGUCAGGGUCCUGGAACCAGCUGCACGCAGUGUAAGGAGGGAUACAGCCUCAUCAGCCGGACCUGUAUCAUGAACGCCACCUGUAACAACGCGGAUGAAGUGUUCUGCGAGAUGGUCAAGUCGAACCGAUUAUGUGAGAAGAAGCUCUUCCGUCAGUUCUGCUGCCGGACGUGUUUGAUGACGGCUGGAUGACAGCAAGAGAAGAGGCCAAUGGGCUGACCUCCUCUUUCUUUUGUUGUAUUAUCUAAUGUACAUUUUAAACUAGUUAUACUGUGGUUAUUAAAGGAAUAGUUCACAAA